UUUUUUAUGCUAUCAAAAGUCUAUGAUAACAGUUUUUUAUGCUAUCGUAACUCAAAUUUUCUUUAGACGUUAGGUACCCUAUGUAUUACCUACUCACCUCACUCAUUGCUUUCACUGCUCCAUACUAUAUUUCUUUGUUUGCUUAUUAUUAAUUAUUAGUUAAAGGGUGCUGAUGGUACCAUGAUAACUAAAACAAGUGCUUCUCUAGCAUAUACAAAUUAAUGGUGGUAUCGAAUCUAUAGGUACUUGGAACUUUCAUUCUGGAAGGAGGGGUAGAAGCUGUUCGGGAUACCUUGCUUUCAUCAAAGGAUUCUGCUGAAUUGUUUGCAGAGCGCUUUGAUGGAUGGUUGGGACUGCAUUUUUUGUGACUUCAUCGAAAUGUUUUCAUAUGAAUCAUAUAGCUUAUUAGGUAUAAAUACUUCUUUGCAACUUAUUUUUUCUCCUGUUCUCCUUUGCAGUUGAAUAUGGAAAUCCCUUUGAGUUGUCAGCAAUUAGUUACUCAUAUGAUAGAAUUCGUGAGCCAUUUAACUAAGACUAUGCAUUCUAAACUACCUGGUCUUUAGUUAUAUGGUAUGACAGUGUAACCGUAGAUAGUCACCUUCAUUGGCAAAAUGAACUGAAUGAGAAAAAUAAAGUUUUCUUUGAUAUCUUGGAUGGAAUAUUCGUGAACUACGGGUGGAGAGAAGGUACUCCUCAACAAUCCGCCGCUGUUGCUGGAGGGAGAAAGCAUGGUUUGUAUAUGGGGAUUGAUGUUUUGGGGAGGGGUACCUUUGGUGGUGGAGGAUGGAAUACAAAUGUUGCACUGGAUGUUCUGAAAAGGGAUGAUGUGUCGGCUGCCAUAUUUGCUCCUGGAUGGGUGCAUGAGCACGAGCAGGAAACCGAUUUUCAGACUGCUCAAAAUAAAUGGUGGGGGUCAUGUGAAGCAGUCAUGAGAAAUAGUCCGAAGUUAACCAAAACAACUACCAUCAGGGCCAUGCGCCACGCGCCACGUGAGAUAGAUCAUGCGGCUAAGAGAGGUUCAAGGCAUAUUGAGCAAGAGGUAGAGUGGAAUCCAAUGUCACGACAUGCAAACACUUAGAUUUCGGCAAGUAGGAGGUGUUGAAAGUUAAACAUGCAAGGUUCAUUAUAAAUAGGUAAUUUUGGACGAAUAGAAACGAUCGCAUAUGGUAUGCGUAUCGCUUGGGCCAAUGAACAUCGCGUUUUCCAGCUGAACGAUCACGUAUAGUAUACGUAUCAUUUGAAGAAGACUCCAUCGCUUACAAGCUAAAUGAUUGCGUGUGGUACGCAUAUCGUUUUAAGAAGACUUUAUCAUUUAUAUGCUAAACGAUCGCGUAAGGUACGUGUAUCGUUUGCAUAAGAAACGAUCGUAUACCCGCUAGGCAAUUGUGUAAGGUACGUGAAGUGAUAGCGCUAAACGAUCGUUUACU